GAUCACCCAGUAUAAACGUUGACUACAUCAUAUUUAUUCGUGCUGCAGUGUCUCUUUAUAUUUUCUAGUACUUUUAAGGAGAAACUAUGUGUGCGUGUGCAAACUUUUAGGAAAAAAGAAAGCUAAGAAGUACAAAACAAAACACAAAUAAAGGAGAAAGCUGUGAACUAAGACAAAAGAGCAGAAUACGGACAACAAAAGGCGAGUCUUUGAGAGCAAAAAAUAGUUUUAAAAGUAUCGUUUUUUGCUUUAGAAAGUCAUGGCACACGUGGAAGUUCCGAUGGGAGACAUGGAGGCUUCGCCAGAAAAUCAUAAAGCUACGAAUGGAUUUGAAUUUCUGCAACUACCUCAGCUACCACUUGGACAGAUAGCUGUAGGCUAUCCUCAAGCCCAAAACUGGAUCGAACAUAGAAAAGCGAAUAUUCGACCAUGGUCCUUGUUCCUUAAUACAAACAACAUCAGACCACCGCCCAAUAUAAGCAGACUGAGCAAGCGGAUUGUGAAGAAUAUUGAAUACUUCCAGAGCAAUUACCUAUUUGUGUUUAUUGGACUAGUGAUAUACUGCUUACUCACCUCACCUUUGCUGUUGCUGGCAGUCGCUGCUUCCCUUGGAAUAUGUUACAAGUUAUCUCAGCGACAUUCGAAGCAAGAAUUGAUGAUACUGAAUCAUAGAUUAACUUUGGCACAAGUAUAUUCUUUGGUUGGAAUUUUUUCGCUGCCUGUAUUUUAUCUAGUAGGUGCACAUGCAGCUGUCUUUUGGGUACUUGGAGUUUCUUGGUUUAUGAUUACGCUUCACGCUGCUUUUUAUAACAUCGAUGCAGUGUUGUGUCCAGGAGAAGAGGAACUCAAUGCAUUAGUUAUGCAGGAAGUAUGAUUACAAUAGACUCAUUUUUGCUUAAAAAAUUGAACUUUUAACCCAUUAAAAUAUUCAG